AUUAUGAAGUUGAAGUCAAUGAACAUAUUCUCAUAUAAGCCAAUCUUUAGCAGACUACAGAUACAAAGAAAUAUAUUUCUUACAGGAAAAAUUUAGCAGAUUACUAGAGAAUAAAUUUUCAUGGCUCCACCACCUUCAACUGUAGUUUCUUCAUUUGUUUCUCUUAUUGUAAGGAUCCUUACAUUUGUUUGCCUUAUCAUUUCACUUAUCCUCCUCACUACUGCCACUGGAACUGCUUCAAAUGAUGAUUACGGAGAAGUCAAGAUCAAGUUCAAACACUUUAAGGCGUUUAGGUAUCUUUGUGCUGCCACUGUCAUUGGCCUUGUCUAUACUCUUCUACAAACUGCAUUAACAGUAUUUCAUGUAAGCACUGGGAACCGAUUUGGCGGUGAUGGCUUGGUUUACAUUGAUUUUUAUGGCGAUAAGGUAUAUUAUAUGGCUUUUCAUAUCUAAUCUCAUCUCAGUAAUACUCUCGGAAUACUUGAUGUCAAUAAAAGCUAGAUUUUGACAGAUGACCCCACUUUUCUAGAUAGAAACGUGCUUCACGAACACAAAACCCACGGUCCCACGAGGUUUAGGAAAACAAGGAUUAACCUGUUUGGCCAGGCUUAAAUCCAGGCAAACAGCCGACCCUUGGAUUUAAGCCUGGUCAAACAGCACGAUUGGGAAAACAAUUAUGCCGAGCAUGCACAGCAUGGGUUGGUGGGUGAGUGGGGGGUUUUUGGCAAUUUUUCCGCAUGGGACGACCUGCUGUAAGGGUCAGUAGGUAAAACAACAUUAUUGGUAGGAAAAUCAUAGCCUGAGGAUGUUACACGGUCAUUUUAUUACUUCCCUGAAAAUAAAUAGCAUUUUUUUUUUCCAAAUUUUAUUAUUGCAAGAAUUUGUUUUUGGAAAUCAGCUUACAAGAUCGACAUUUUUGUUGAACUACAAAUAGUACGAGGUUAGCUAAAGUAAGAUUGUGGAGAAAAACUUGAGAAUUCUUGUAUGAUAUGAAAUUGAUGACUUUUUGUUGCCAAUGUUCCAAUAUUCAUGAGCGAAUCGACAAGAUUGUCUUUAAAUCUAGUCAAACUUUAAUGAAGAAAAUUUGGUAAUAAUCAAUUAGAUCGUGGUUGGUUUGCCGUUUUUAGAUCAUUUUUCGUUUUCUGUUUUUGAAAAUGCGAAAAACGCGUUUGGUUCGUCGUUUUCAAAAACACAUUUUCGAAAACGAAUUAAAAUUUAUAACUGAAAAUGCAAAACGACUUUUUAUCAUUUUCAACGUUUUCAGUUAUAAAUAUCGAAAAUGCUCAAAAAGCGGAAAACGAGCCGUUUUCAGAGAAAACUAAAAAUCGUUUUGAAAAUGAA